GGGAUUAGCGGUGCUCGAAUCCCGGAGCAACAUGGCGGCGUCUGUGAGAGGCUAGCUAUAGGCAAAGAUAGUGUUGGGUGUCGUUUUCUCUGGGGAUAUUGACGGACUGGAGCUUUCCGCGACCGAACGACGAAAGGAAGUGUGAUAAGUGGGUAACUUGAGCUACCGGCCGCCCGCGCUCCUCUUCAAUUAGGAGCCGAGUCCUGGGCACUGACCAGCAUGAGCAAUAUCUACAUUCAGGAGCCUCCCACGAACGGGAAGGUUUUAUUGAAAACUACAGCUGGAGAUAUCGAUAUAGAGUUGUGGUCAAAAGAAGCACCUAAAGCUUGCAGAAAUUUCAUUCAGCUUUGUUUGGAAGCAUAUUAUGACAAGACCAUUUUUCAUAGAGUUGUACCUGGUUUUAUAGUCCAAGGAGGAGAUCCUACUGGCACAGGAACUGGUGGAGAGUCUAUCUAUGGAGCCCCAUUCAAGGAUGAAUUCCACUCACGAUUGCGUUUUAAUCGGCGAGGACUGGUUGCCAUGGCAAAUGCUGGUCCUCAUGAUAAUGGCAGCCAGUUUUUUUUUACACUGGGUCGAGCAGAUGAACUUAACAAUAAGCACACCAUCUUUGGAAAGAUUACAGGGGAUACAAUAUAUAACAUGCUGCGACUGGCAGAAGUAGACACUGAUAAUGAAGAAAGACCACUUAAUCCACACAGAAUAAAAAGUUGUGAGGUUUUGUUUAAUCCUUUUGAUGACAUCAUUCCAAGGGAAAUAAAAAAGCUGAAAAAAGAGAAACCAGAGGAGAAAGUAAAGACAUUGAAACCCAAAGGCACAAAAAAUUUUAGUUUGCUUUCAUUUGGGGAGGAAGCUGAGGAAGAAGAGGAGGAAGUAAAUCGAGUUAGUCAGAGCAUGAAGGGGAAAAGCAAAAGUAGUCACGACUUGCUUAAGGAUGAUCCACACCUCAGUUCUGUUCCAGUUGUUGAGAGUGAAAAGGGUGAUGCAGCAGGAGAUUUAGAUGAUGAUGAAGAAUUUGAGGGUGCAGAGAAUGAUGAAAACAUUGAUGGUGAUGAGAAGAACCUGAUGAGAGAAAGAAUUGCAAAAAAGUUAAAAAAGGACCCAAGUGCAAGUGUUAAAUCAGCUGGAGAGGGAGAAGGGGAGAAGAAAUCAGUUAGCCGCAGUGAAGAGCUCAGAAAAGAAGCAAGACAAUUAAAGCGGGAACUCUUAGCAGCAAAACAAAAAAAAGUAGAAAAUGCAACAAAACAAGCAGAAAAAUCAAGUGAAGAGGAAGAGGCUGCUCUAGGUGGUGCUGUUGCAGAAUACAGAAGAGAAAAGCAAAAGUAUGAAGCUCUGAGGAAGCAGCAACCCAAGAAGGGAACUUCCCGGGAAGACCAGACCCUUGCGCUGCUAAACCAGUUUAAAUCUAAACUCACGCAAGCAAUUGCUGAAACUCCUGAAGACAACGUUUCUGAAAUGGAAGUAGAAGAUGAUGAAGGAUGGAUGUCACAUGUACUUCAGUUUGAGGAUAAAAGCAGAAAAGUGAAAGAUGCGAGCAUGCAGGACUCAGACACGUUUGAAAUCUAUGAUCCCCGGAAUCCAGUGAAUAAAAGAAGAAGGGAAGAAAGCAAAAAGCUGAUGAGAGAGAAAAAGGAAAGAAGAUAGAAGGAGAGGACUGACACCCAGAACAAGUGGAAGUGUACCUGCAGUGCAUGGCCUCAUGACAGCCAUUGCUCCCAGCAGCAUCACUUAGGCAUGGGAAGAAGUCUGGUUUUGAAAACCAGGGUCUUGUUAUGUAAAUUGUGGACUGACACAAACACAUGCUCUUGGUUACUGGAACACACUUUUAUUCUGCAUUGACCUUUUAUAUUGUUAAAUGUGAAAUAAAAUCACUUUCCUUCCAGUUUUCAUGUUAACCAUGUGCAGACCAUGCAAGCCUACUUGUGCUUUUUUACCCUAAAAUAUGUGAAGGCUUCAUUUUUUAGAUUUUUUCUAAGAAAUUCCUGCAAAAAGAAUAUUUGAGGAAAACCUCUUUGGCAUUCUGUCAUCAGAAUACUAACUUUGGAAUAUAAUAAAAUAUAUAUAUAAUAUAAAGAUUGAUUUUUUUUUAUAUAAAUAUCUCAAAAUAGCCAAAUCAACAGGACUCAGUAGCCCGUACCUUAAAUUGUGAGGAACGCCCACGUGAAUACUCACACCUGCAUCUAGGCUAAUGCCUGGCUUCUAUUGAUGCAGCUGAGACACCGGCUACUGUCAGCCCAGCUCAUGGCACACCCUCGCCUGACCCCAGGCCGCCUGACCCGGGCCACCUGCCCACUCGCCCUUCUCACACAGCAGCCGCAGGAGACAUGCAGGGGCCCCAUUCUUGCAGAGCAGCUCAUUGAGAAUUUAGCCUUUGAUGGCAAUCACUUCUCAUGGGUUAUUUACUACAUAUUAUCUAUAUUUAGUCAGGUUUUCAUUCCUAGAAUCGGAAUGCUAAAAUUAUACCACAGACUAACUUUCAGUUACCUCAUAAAACCUCACCAGCAACAUCUUUUCAGAUAGUGUCUCAUCGGCUCUCUCUCUCAAAAUGUCAUCCAAUAGGCUUUUUCUAAGAACACUAGUUCUCAAAAUACAGUCCCAGACAUUACACUACAGCAACGUCACAUGGGAACAUGUUAGAAACGCAGAGUCUUGCUGCACUACCCUUCCCCCGCCACCCACCCCUCUUCCAGAGGAAUGAAGCCGAAACUUUGAACCCAGAGGGCUUGUUAAAGAGAAUCACUGCAGGUGAUUCAAUCCUUGGAAUUGGCAGUACCUACUAACGUUAAAGAUGUGCCUACCCGUGAUUCAAAAAUUCUAAUCCUAGGUCUGUGCCUUAAAGAAAUUCUCACGCGUUGCUCAAGGAGACCCCUACUGAGUAUACACUGAAGCAUCAACCAAAGAAUUGCUAAAUGAGUUGUUGUAUAUCCAUAUUAUCAAAUACUUUGUAGUGGUGAAGAUCAGUAAACCAGAGCUACAUGUAUUACCUUAUCUUAAACAUAAUAUGAAAAAAGGAGACCAUCUGUAUAAAAAUUUAAAACACACAACCUACCAUUAUAUAUUAUUUAUGGAUAUACACAUGUGUAGCAAAAAUAUAAACCAGGUAUGGAAAUAGUGAUUACCUCUGAGGAGGCAGAAGGAAUAUACAGGGAGCCUUGCUUGUGUUUGUAGUGUUUUAUUUAUUAAGGUAGAGGGUGGGUACUCAAUCCUCAUUAUAGUAUUCUCUAUACAUGUUGGUAUGCCUGAAAUAUUUCAUUUUUUUUUCUUUUUGAUAUCUACAACCUGAGGCGAGAAGACAGGACUCCCAGUACUAACAAGAACCCUUUGUUCUCUUCAGGAAGCAGAAAGUUUCAAAGAGGAGGAGAGGGUCAGGGGAGUAGGACAUGCCAGCCCCCUCAAUGUGGGGUGAUUAAUCUCACAGCCACCAAACAGUAAGCCAGUGUUUAGAAGUGUGUCCUGUCUUCUCAUCACAAAGUUGUAACCUUGGUUAUCACAGGUAUUCACAAAGCAAAAUUUUGUUUUCCAAACUUACUGAGUCUCUGUCAGUCAUUGUGAAAUGUAUUACCGCUUGAUUUGUACCUACAAGUUUCCGUACCUAUAAGUUUCCGUGUCAUUCUUCCUCAUGUGUCCACCACCGUAACCAGUGUGGGAUUGUCCCAAGAAUAGAUAAAUUAAACCCUCAGGUUGGUU